AUGAGAAAUUUGACUAAAAUUAAAAUGAACAUCACUAAGGAUCUGUGUACAACAGUUGUUACCAAAGUUAAGAGUUUUCUUUUUCUCUCUGAUAAUGCUCAAAACAUAUGUGAAUGUUUCCCUAAUAAUGGUUCUUCAACUAUUACAUCUACGUGCUGUGUUAAUUCUAAUCAUAGUGGUCUUUCGAGUUGCAGUCAAAAAAUUGAGAAUUCCUUUAAAACCCCAACCAGAUUAGAUAAUACAUUUCCAAGUGCACUGGCUUUAUUUUUUUUAAGUGACAGCAGUUGCUUAAAUGCUAUAAAAGAUGUCUUAAGCUUAAUGAAGAAUAACAAACACUGUGGUAUAAAUGUUUCAGAUAUAGAAAUGUUUGAAAAAAAUAUGGUAUAUAUAGAGCAUCUUAAGAAACCUAUAGAAAUUACCUUGAGUUUUAUGGAUAAAAUUCAUACUGCAAUUGUUAUGUGCAAGAAAUUAUUUUUAAAAAUAUUGGGAAAUUUUACAGAAUUCCAAAUCGCUAUCCCGUUGUGUAUCUCAUUAUCUGUUACAAUUUAUGCGUUAGGACCAUUCUUAAACAGAUGCACUAAACAGAAGAAUGAGGCUCAAAGUUAUGUUGAAGAAAUACAAUACACUAUUCCACGGUAUCCAAAUAGGACGUAUAACAAUUACUUAUUAUGGUAUCAAUAA